CACACAUAUACCACAGUUAUGAUGGUCGGGCAUGCAGAUUUCUGGCAGCCAAAACCAUAUUCAGUGUGGUUGAUCCCGUUUGGCGUUAUCGACAUCUCCCAGCACGCAGUUUGGACCUUUACACGUCUGCUGCCUAACAUCGUCUACACGCUAUAUUACUACCUGGUGACCGUCUUGAGUAACAGGAUUGUCUGCUUUAACGAUAAACUGAAUUUGUCCAUCCAAACAAUAAAAGCGGAUCCUAAUGGGUUUGAGGAGAUUUUCCGUGCAUUACGGUUGGAGACGGAAGAGUUAACCUUGAUUACUCAGUCACUAAGAAGAGGAUUUCUUUCAUUUGGGCAGCUGGAAUUAUUGGAAAUCUUGCACUGGUUUUGUCAUAAACGGCCAAAUUCUUUGUAUCCAAUGUUUUCGUGGGAGCUUGGAGCUACACCCGGCAAAUUCUUUUUACAGCGAGCCCGUUGAUUGUUUUCUUGUUGCUACUGCUGUCAGGUGGUCGACUGCACGAAAGUGUACAGAGCAGAGUAAAGCUUCGGAAAAACUAUGGACGGACUUAAUUAUUGCGCAUCAAGAUUAUCGAGAACGUAUUUUGCCGAACCUAGGGGAUGCCAGACUCAUGUUGUUCCUACAACAAAUCUAUCGAAGCCAAGGAUAUUUAACUUUGGCUGAAUUCGUGCCUUUAACCAGAAGUACUAUAACAACGAAAAGCACGACAUUAGGAUAGGCGUUAGUUUAACGGACCAACAGUUUCUCGUUGACUAAUGUACCGUUGCACAUCAUCGGUCCUUCACGGAUGCCUGAAACCAAAUAUAGCCAUUUCCGUUACUACGAGUAUCACCUGUAUCGAUAUGAAACUCUUGGGCGCUCGCAAUUUUCGCCUGAGCCUGUUUUUUGAUGGGGCUGAUUAUGGAUGCCAGUGUACACGCUCUGGAGAUCUCGUUCGGAGAAAUCUCAUCCAUGACGCCGGAACAGCUGCAGAACCUUGCCGACCAGUUAAGUACUUGCAAGUCUAAGUGCGACCACUACAAUAUCAGCCGAAGAACUUAGCAGCAUAUUGAAUGCGCUUGACCUCAUUAAUACUGUUAUGUCACAACUACCAUCCGGACUAUCGACAGCGACAACUGUCACCACCAGAGCGCCAAUAACCACGACAACAACACGGUCCACGUCCACCCAAGCGCCAACCACUUCCAGUACUUCUACGCAGUCCACAACAUCAACAUCGCGAUCUACUUCCACCACAGCGCCCACGACGACCACAAUCGAAGUUACAACAACACAAUCAUCACCAAGCACAACCUCACAUAGCACAUCGCAAAAUACGGCGCCUACAACGACGAGAACGACAAGUACCCCCGCAAUACCGGAGACAACGUCACAAUCUUUAGGAAGUACGACACAGACAACCGGUACAAGUACCUCGGUGCAAACACCAACAGAAUCGAGUAGCGUUGCAUCGACAUCUGAGAUUUGGGAGCACUCCUCGGCAUUCAUGACAACAACAACAGUCGAACCGACCGAAGGGACAAGUCAUUCUAGUCUUAACACGACUACGAACCAAUCAGUUUCGUCUACGACAGAGUCGUGGGAUUCUGAUACAACCAGCACCGGUUUUCCCACAACUCCAACGCCGACAACAUUUGAAGUUACUACGACCGCAACUAUUAUAGAACAAUCGACUUCAGCAUCUCAAGGCAGUACAACUGUAGAUCAUACCACGACUCAGCCUGCAGAUAUAUUUUCAUCAACAGCUCAAUGGAACAACAUCUCGCACACUGAUACAACCACAUCAGUAACACAGUCGUUUUUUGAUGUGGUGGCGUUCAAGCUUCAAAUAACAGGACGUACCCUUGAAAUUAUUGAUAAAGCUUUACAACUGGAAUCAGUAACAAAUUCCACAAGGCACGGCUUGCAAAAGCUUGCCUCAGAUUCCCUGCAAAAACUGGAUUCCACUAAGAGUGUUGUUGUACCUACUGAAAGAGAACUUGAGCCGUUUAUACAGCCGUUUAUACAAACUCGCCUUGCAACCGCUGUAAGGAGUGUUUAUCUCAAAAAUCCGCAGGACAUGCUGACUUUGAAUUUUGCGUACUGCGCAUCGGCCAAAAUCGCCAACACGAGUGACGACAUCGGGACCGAAUUUCAUUAUGACGUAUCGAAGAAUUCGAAUCAUGGAAUACAAAUCUGUUCGAACAGAAACGCUAUACGUGACAACUGGAUUAAUGCAAAUAUCGGCAUGAACGCGUCGCAACAAGUACUGCUUGAGGUUGGGGCUUCCUAUCAACCGAAAUUUGCCUCAUUCGAUUUCGAUCCUGUUUUGGGCACACGGUCCGAACGCAUCGUAACCAAUAUCACGGUUUCCGGCAUGGUCCCAGAUACAGUCAGAAACAUCGAAAAGAUUGUGAUAAUCGAAAUCAAUCUGAAGAAUCUAUAUAAGAGCAACGAGCGAUUUAAGAAAUACGUGGGAGCAAAAUUGCAUAGUUGCGUUUUCGUGAAAUUCUUUCCGGAAAGCAACGCCAUGAACGCACCACCUGCGGUCUGGUCUGACGAGGGUUGUUAUCAUGUCAAAACUUUUAUAAACGGCGACGGUGAACUGAUUUCUCAGUGCGCAUGCGAUCACUUGACCAACAUUGGUGGCUUAGUUGACCUUUGUGGCUCUGAUCCAGUGUUGGAUUUCGACAGUAUGGCCCAAAAACAUCUCAGCUCAGUUCUAGGAGGAAUGACAGUUAUAUGUUCCAUUAUCGUGGCCGUCCAUAUACUCUUUCGUUCGCAUUACUCAAAGCAGUUCCUAAUUCCACCCAUCUUCAUACGGUUGAACCUGGCAUUCAGUUUGGCGUUGGCGCAUAUCGCGUUAAUCAUUGGCCAGUACCUGCCAUACACGGAUGGACACGAAAACGCUUGCCUAAGCGUUGCAAUACUGAGUCAUUGGAUUUUGUUGGUAUCGUUUGCCUGGAUGGCAGUCGAAUGCUUCCGAAUUGUCUCUUAUCGAAUGAACAUGCAUAUUAAGCGCUAUAGCAGAAUGCAAAACGCUCCAUGGAAUUCCGUUGAUACCGAUGUUCUUUGCUUUCGGUUUCCUGAUAUCGAUGGACGAUAUGGAACGGUGUAUGGGUCAGACGACCAAUGGUGCUGGAUACACCCUCAAAGCUUUGUGUUUUUGAUGGUGACCUUCGUAAUGCCUAUCCUGCUCAUAUUGGCUUUCAACAUGGGAGCUCUAAUUUUUCAUUAUCACAAAGAGUGUCACCGACAUAAAAACCAAAAAAGCCAUACACAUAUGAUCAGCAAAGCGGGACAAGGGCCUUACAAGAUUUUGCAGGAGUUUGCUAAUACAGUAAUAAUGUUGCUGUUCCUGGGUUUCGGUUGGCUUUUCGGGUUUCUGGUUCAUGCCGUAUGUUUAGAUGACAGCACAAAAGAAAUCAUAUGCUAUUUCUUUAUUCUUGUAAACGGCUCGCAAGGGCUGUAUUUGCUAGUGUUUUAUUUUCGCACACAGGGAGUUUUUCGCACCGUGAAACGGCACGGGAGAAAAAUCUCAGACUUUCGUUCUCAGAGUUCUCGUUUCCUAGGUUCACUGAGAUAUUAA